ACACCAUAAAUUGUAUGUAUCCAGAUCUUAAUGCAUUGAAAGUAGUAGUAGAGCAACAUUCGAAGCUGUGGUCCUUGCAUCAUCGAAACAGUAUAUAGAGAGAGCCGAUCAUCCGGGUGCUCGACGCCGUGGAAAAGGCCCAGCGGGACAUGAAAGGAAGAGCAUAACACUGUUGCUAAUACGUUGCCAAUCCGCAAAAUUUCAACGCAAUAAGUAGGCCCAAGGACCAACAGUGUCGCUGCCGUGCACGCAUAUAUAAAGGGUUUUAGAAGCGAGUUGUCGCCGCGGCGAGAAGCUAGAGAGCUGCACGAUGACGCCUUCGGCAGUGCCAGUUUCUACAUCGGCUCCAGAGACCGAGACAGCGCCAGCGAGCCAAAAGAAACAGUCUUCGGAGAACAAGGCGCCCCCAAUACCGGCCAACCAGACGAUGCUUGCGACUCCUCUGCACGUCAAGUCCAAGGGCAGGCUUUCUUUGAGAGGUUUGAGCAAUGUAUCGACGGAAAAUAUCUCGUGUACUGUCAGCAAUGAGAUUCAGAGUCAAAAGUCGUCAAAUUUGGCCAACCAGUCGUAUGAAAAGGGUACAGAAGACUCUAAUUUUAUUGAACUUUCUAGAAAAUUUAAUAUUAAACUAGCAGUUGCUAAAAAGUAUCACCUUAUACUUACAAACUGUCCUCAAAUACCAGUAGUAAAAAUGACAAAUGUCAAAGAAGAAAUCGUGAGUCCUGCUAGUUCCCCAACUAGGAGUCCAGUUGUCGGUGGUAAAAAAAAAGUUACUCACAAACGGUUAUCUGGUACUGUAAAAGUGAAAAGGGAAACUGGUGUGUCGGGAAAAGUCGUGAGGAAGCCACUGCAUAUCUCUAACAGACUAGAACAGUGCUUUGAUUCUCGGAAUGUGAAUAUCAAGCAGGAACCACCAUCUCCGCUAAAUUCGCGAAACAAUGAUUUUUACUCGAACAAUCAUAAUGCGUCGAAAUCAUCAACUGUAAAAAAUCCAUUGGCAAAAAAAAGAAUAGUCGUAGAUUCAGAUGAUGAGUUUGAAAAUCCCAUGCCAGAUCAAUUUAGAAAAUGUAACAAUGUCCCAGAUACGAUUACUAAAAAUGCUACCAGCAGUAUAAGGCUGAAUCCAGUCGCAUUUCAUAAAAAGAGACAGGCUUUGAAAAAUCAACAUCCUCAUUUUCGAAUAAUUCCGAAAAUAUCUAAAACUGCAUCCAGAAAAACGGAGGAUUUGAAAGAUCAAGUUAAAAUAUCAAGCAAAUUAAUCAAACUUGAUAGAAAAAUCGUUUGCAAUGGCAAAAGCGAAAAUGGUGUUUCUGAUGAUAAUCAUUCUGAUAGAGAAGUUAGUAUGGUUCAUAAAACAAGGAUAAAUCUUGAACAUGAUGAAAUUCAAAUGUCAAAAUCAAAACGAAUGAGCAAUGAUGCGAGCAAAACGACAAAUAAAUAUUCAAAAAGUCGAGUUGAAAAAUUGAGUGUUACAAACAAUAAAAACAAAGUGUCACCAACUAAAAGCAUAAGUAGUAAUGAUCUUUGUUCGUCAGUUGACAGUAUAACCGUCAACUAUCCAGCUCAUAUGUCAAAGAAAAAAAAAAUUCGUGAUAAAACUGUCGAAUCUGAUAAUGAUAGCACCAAAAAAAAACUGCUAUCAUUUGGUGCUGGCUCCAGUAAUGAGGAAAAAAUUUUUAUAAAAUCAGCAAAAAAAUCAAGUCAAACAAAUACAGAUGAUAACAAUAGCAACAAGACUCAGCCAUUGCAUCGCGAAUUUGGCUCUGACAAUGAAAGGAAGGAGUCGAAAAAAAAGAAAUUGAAAUCAUGUCCUUCGGAUCACCAUGUUACUUUUAAAUCUGAUGUUGAAAAGUCUAUUCAUAAUCAAACUAACACAUUAAAUGAUUCUUCGUUGAUGACGCGAAAACAGACAAUGGGAAAAUCCCCAUUAUUUCGAUCAUUAUCGGAAAAACCUUUGAUUAAGAUCAAUACGUUAUCCACAAGAAAAACUAUCAAGUUACCCUCCUUUAAAAAGAAGACCCAUCAUACAGUCAACAGUCGAACGCCAUCAAACGAUAUAGGAAAACGAAGUAUUUUUCUUAUCAGCCCAAGCCCCAAGGAUAAGCUCGUCAACUCAACAACGCACACUAAUUUUCAAACAACUGGAUCACCCACAUCUCUAUUACCUGUAACAUCAGAAGAUUCUUCUCCACCAAUCGGUGGUACCACGAUUAAUGUUGGACAAGAACGGCUUAUCUUGAAUCAAACGCUCAAUUUUGAAACCCCAGAUAAGCAGAAUGCAGAAUCUAGCGAAUUUAAUCAUGGUCAGGAUGGUGACGAAAGUUUUGAAGACCUGUGCAGAGAUGUCAACAUGAUGUCAGAAAGUGAAAAUAUUACAUUGUAUAAAAGCUACGACAACAAUAACUUGGCACCUCCUAUGAACGGUAAUGAUAAAGAUCAACAAAAUUUACAAUCCGUGAUUAGAGAUCCAAGAUUAACAAGAUCAAUUAGCCCACAAAAGAAUUUGACUUCUGUUUCAAGAGAUCCAAGGUUAAACAGGUCUAUGAAUUCAACGGCAGAGGCUCCGACGGUCUCAACAUCUAGUGCUGUGCCAGAGAAGUCAGAUCCAGAUCUUAGUGAUUCAAACGUGCGCAAAAGAAAGUUUGACGAGGAAAGUGAGCCCUCGGCAAAGGUAGCCAAGCCAUCGGAGCCUGAUGAGAACAAUCAAGUUUUGACCACUGAGCCUUGCACCCUGAUGCCAACGACUCCAAGACGACUCUCCGUUCACGAAAGACUUGGACCUAUGGCAUCCGAUCGAGCCAACCAAAUCGAGGAUCUAUUUAAUAGGGCUAAGUCACAAGAUCCCGAUAAGGACAAUCAAUCAGCGUCAUCUCAGCUUUGUAAUUCAACGCCUACGACUCCGAGGCGAGUCUCCAUUCACGAAAGACUUGGUCCCAAGACUCCUGAUCAAAGCCACUUGAACGAAUGUGCCUCGAUAAUCAAAAACGCACUUCAUCAUGAAAGAAAAACCAUAAGUUACGAUAGCGAGGAAGAGGGAAUCUCGCUACAUCCUGACGCUGAUGAUUUGAUCUACGAAGAGGAAGAUAUAGAGUCGAGCCCACGACAUGGUAAAUUCGAAACCGAGCGCAAGAGUAUAGAGGAAGAAUUGGCAUACACGCCUGUCGAGGACCGGCGGCGACGGUACAAUCGUGAUCAGCCAAAUCAAAGAAGGAAUAUACCGCCACCAGGAAUGGCCACUAAUUGGAUACCCCCCCGAGAAAAGCAUACCGCUGGCAAUCAGGAACGAUCUCUUCACGCGCCAACGAUGAAUACCAGAAAAGCCGAGCCAGUAGCGGGUGGUACGACUUUCAAUAAUUUCGUAACGAUGAACGAGAUGCAAAUGAUGAGAGAUGAGGCCAACUUUCAAAUGCAGCAGUUUUAUACCGACGAGUACGUGACGUUUGGCAAUAACGGCAUGAUCAACGGUCAGUUCGAUAAUGUUUCGAUGCUCCACAUGAACACAAAACCGGCAUCCAUGGUCAACUUGGCGAAUCAGCGUUCAACGUUCUUCAGUCAAUAUUGUUUUUCAAGUUUACGUGUAGGUAACUGCAGAAAGGAGUCAACUUGCAAUUACAAGCAUGGACUGAAUCACUUGUACAAUAUGAUUAAGCAUAAAACUACCGAAUUGCUUUUUCAUCUGAUUGACUUCGCUUUAACUCAAGAUUUUGAGUAUUUCCUCAAACAUGCUUGGGUAUUAAUGUUACCCCAACUUAAGGACCAAUGUUUUACGGCUUUUCAAAAGUAUUACGAAAAAAGAAUGAUUACGGACAAAAUCAUAGACGAACUGCUCAAUUUUUGUUUAUCAACUAAACUUCAUACGGUCGAGUCGUUUGUCAAGCAAAUUUCAACGAUCAUCAAAGUCAAUGACACCGAAACAGUGCACAAAAUUUGUGCUGUCGUUAAAGGCAAGCUCUCGGAAGGUUUCUGCUGGGAGGCAAUCAAAGACUUGUGCCAAAAAGCAGUGCCGCCCCGGGAUAUGAUUGAGCUUACAAUACUACAAUGCUUGACACGUAAGAAAAAUCUGUGUCAUAUCAAAGAGGUGUAUGAACUGGUUCAUAACAAACUGAGCAAUACGGAAAGGAAAAAAAUAAGUCCUGACAUGCUCAAUAAAUUUUACGACCUCGCAAAUAAGCAAGUGGUAGGCUUAAAUACUAAAGAAGUACUUAAUACCGUGCCCUUGAUGAGCAAUGGCAAUACUCCCAAUUUGCCACCAAAAAAAAAUCCUCUGGAAGGAACCGAAAAUCUAAAACCAUCGCAGGCCACAAUAGAAGCAAGAAUAGCAAGGUUUUCUUCUGGAAGCCGUCAGCAGCCCAAUAAUUCCCCCUUAGAAGAAGGAGACCGUCCUAGAAGUGGCGAAAAUAUUGGCAAUGCAGAAUACUUCCUAAAGGAAGUUGAAGCUAAUGAUCCUGGAAGCGUAUGGCGUAAGAAGUAUUGGAAAUUGUACAAUACCGUGAACAAUAUACAAGCAGGCCUUUCCCACGCUGAUUAUAGUUACGUUUUUAAAAUGCUCAACGACUUUGUUCUUAUGGAGAAAUUUGAUAACCAUCUCUACCAACGUGCAGUCUAUCAAAUCUUGUGCAGCAACGUCUUAGCCUGUGAACGUCAUGUUGCUGGAGUUAUUCGUCACGCAGUGCACAGCAGCUCCAUGUCCAGCAAUAUGAUAAGCAUUUUGUUCGAAGUUGGUUUACUCGCCCUUGCUGAUCUGGCCAAAAAUACCUUAUGGGUGAUGGCCCAUCAGCUUUUAAGUUCUGUGAAGACGAUUGAACCCUUAGAGCCGAGGACUGAUUAUGUUUUAAUCUGCGCUGAAAUUUAUUUAGCAAAUGACGAUCCCUUAGAGGCACUCUACUUGCUAAGAAAAACUCAGCUGAUCAGAACUAAUCGUGAUGAGUGGCUGGUCAAAGGUAGCACCAAAGAUCACGAAAAACACCGGAACAAAGUAGUCCUUUUGCUAUUGAGGGCACUUUCUUACAAGGAUCAAGAGAAGGCAGUUUAUUUAUUUCAAGCGAUUUUGAAAGAUCAGUAUAUUUCUUACUAUCCUAUAGACCUUCCACUAUGGGUAGAUAAGUUAUCACUGAUACUUCUUUAUUUUAAAAAGUAUGACUUGGCAAUCGAAAUAAGUAGAUUAGUUAUGGACAAUGAUUUAACUUUUCACAAGAGUACUUACAAAGAAUUGAUUACUCACUUGCUGUCAGUAGACGAAGUUUUGGCUCAUCAACUCUUAGAGUAUGCAACUCGCAUUGGACAUUACUCGGAUAUUCAGAUAAAAAAUGGUUUUACUCUAUUAAUCAUUGACGUAAAUUAUACAGAAGAAGAGCUUUAUUUAGUAGUUAAAAGGCUGAUAAACAGAUUAAGUUUAAACUUAGGACCUGUCAUUGAACGAUUGACACCCAAUCAAUUGAAAGUUGUCUUGAUGUUUGAGGAUAUACCUAAUAGCAAGAGGUUAUGUAAAAAUGAAAUAUCUGAGUUAAAACAAGGGGUUGCGUUCAAGAUGAUGAAAAGUAAAAUAAAGGUUUUGUUGGCUACACAGUUUAGACCUGCGAUGCGAAUUUCUGCCUGUAAAAUUGACAAGGGAAUUCGAAUCGUCAGUCGUACUCUUGUUAAAUACUUGCAGAAUGAGAAUACAACUAUGUAAAAUAGGAAGGUAAUAGUAUAGUUUUUAUAAAAAAUUUUUAGAUAUCCAUUCGACGAACAGUAAGCUUUUUAUUAAUGAAUUUGAUUCAUUACUAUACUGCAAUACUAGAUUGUACUGUUAACUCUUGACGUUUUUUAUCGUUAAAAAAAAUUCUUAAUAACUUUAUAGUUUAAAAAAGUGUUUCCCAAUUUGACAUGCCUGAGGCAUGUGCGUUUUAAAAAACGAUUAAGUCGUGUUUAGUUUGUAACAUACCUGAUGUAAUAUAUUUUUUGUACCAAAACUGCAAUCUUAAAAAUAAACAACACAUAAAAGUUA